GUACAGACGCUGGCCAACAUGUCAGGCUGCAUGACGCAUCAGAAAUCAGUGAACUGCUCUGACAUGUGUUUCCACUCCAAGUAUCGCACCAUUGAAGGCACUUGCAACAACCUACAGCAUCCCAUGUGGGGCGCUUCGCUCACCGGCUUCCGCCGAAUACUCAAGCCUAUCUACGAGAACGGGUUUAGCACUCCUGUCGGUUGGACAAAGGGCGUGAAAUACUUUGGCUUCGAGAAACCGAGCGCUAGACUAGUGUCGACUGAGAUCAUAAGCACAGACAGCAUCACGCCUGACACCGAAAUCACGCAUAUGGUGAUGCAAUGGGGGCAAUUCUUGGACCACGAUCUAGAUCAUGCCAUACCGUCCACCAGUCUUGAGAGCUGGGAGGGAUUGGACUGCAAGAAGACAUGUGCCUACUCGGCUCCCUGUUUUCCCAUGGAAGUGCUGACAUGA